AGCGCUGGGAGGGGAGGGACAGGAGCCAGGCUGAGAGAGCCACACUCUGCACCCAUGCACUCCUAAUUCUUGCAGUAGCAAGAAAACUCAGCUACAGAGGCAGCCCGGAAGGGGGAUAGGGGGGGAGGGAAGAUGCCCCUCCAGCUGGGAAUCAAGAUCUUUGGUCUGCUUGAACUCAUCUUCGGCAGGGAAAGUUUCUAAUGAGUUUUCCACACUGCCUGUCACUGGUUGGCUGGCAGGCACUGCACACUGUCUACAGGCAUUCGGCUGCAGUUCCUGAGGCCGAGGCGGGAUGGUGGCCCUGCCAGGGGUAGGACUUGUUCAGUCACCCCACCAGGGGGGAGACGAGUCCCUGGACAAGCAAAGGAGAAAGUGAAGCAAAACAGUGCUGGGACUCCAAGGGAGAAAAGAAAUGGAAGAGAAUUCAAGUGUGGGUCUGCCCGGAGCUGGGCCAGUCCAAGAGGAGGUGGAGAGCACAGCUGAGCAUCCUGUACACCAAGAACCUCCCCAAGAAUCUCCUGAGCACCAAGUGACCAGCACACGGCCUGAGACCUCCUGCAAACCGGAGGAGGACACUUUAGUGUGUAAGCCACCAGCUGCUCAUGGGGGAGAGGUGGCUCUGACAGAGUUAGAUAGCCCCACAGUGGAAUCUCCUCAGGAGACUCAAGUUCCUCAGGAAACUGAAGUAUCACUGGAAGAAUCUGGGGAGACAAAAAAUGAUGCAUCAGAAAGAUCUCAGGAAGAAAAUGAGUUGGACAGAGCCAGGCUGAUGCAAAAUGAAAUGGACUGUGCAGGACACAACCACGGCCUCCAGGAAGCCCAGGAGGACCAGGAGACAAGCAGGCAGUGUGAAAGCUCCGACACAGCAGAGGAAGAUGCUUUAUCAAGAAGCAAGUCAUUGAGCUCUGACAGCAAAAUGACACGUUCAGAUCUGAACGCCCCAGAAGAUGUCACCAAAGGCAUCUUGGCGCAGGAGAGCACCAGUACUCCUCUCCUAGACCAGGAGGCAGGAGAGCACACAGAGCAAGUGACACUGCAGAGUGACUACUCAGGCAUGUUAAGGAGCAGGCACGGGACUAAAGGACAUGCAGCCCCACAACCAGAGGCUCAGCGCUGCUUGCAGAACAUCAGUGCUCAAAACACAGAACAGGAGAAACCUACAGAGUCCCUCUUAGUGAAAGGUGAGGAAAAGGAGCUUCCCUUGUGCAUUACUCAUCGACCAGAAGGCCCCGAUCCUCCAGGAACAAGACUUGUUGUUCUGGGCCUCGUAUUUCUUGGCUUCUGCAUAUUCUGCUUCGGCAACCCAACCGCCAAAUCCCAGCCAGCCCCCAGGAACCCCACGGUGGAGGCCUUCCUGUCCCAGUUCAACCAGCUACAGGACAGGUUUCCAGGGCAGAGUCCUGACCUGUGGCUUCGCAGUCGCAAGUUCCUGCAGAAGCACCUCAACACAUCCCAGCACACGCAGCCGGCCAUCAUCAUCUUCACAGCCGCCCGCAAAGGCGAGCGGACCUUGCGAUGCCUUAGCGCCUGUGUAGCUGACACCUAUUCUGCCGCCCUGCGUGCCAGCACAGUGCAGAUCGAUGGCAAGGAUAAAUCCGGGCUCCAGAGCGACCAGGCCAAGCUGGAGGUGGACUCAGAGCUCAGCUCAGCUUUCCAGGCUGGGGACCGUGCUGCGGUGAUACACCGCUUUGAGCUGCUGCCAGCGGGUGCCACCCUCAUCUUCUACAAGUACUGUGACCACGAGAGCGCUGCUUUUAAGGAUGUGGCCCUGCUGCUGACCGUGCUGCUGGAGGAGGAGAUGCUCGAGACCCACAUCAGACUCCAACAGGUGGAAGAGAGGGUUCGUGACUUCCUCUGGGCCAAGUUCACCAGUGCCAGGACUCCCAGCUCCUAUGACCACAUGGACUCUGACAAACUGAGCGGGCUGUGGAGCCGCAUCUCCCACCUGGUCCUACCGAUCCACCCAGUGCAGAACAUCGAGAAGUGGGGCUGCCACACCAAACCCUAAGGGCUUGCCAGAGCCCCAGGAAGGGUUGGAAAGCCAGCCUCGGAGCAGGUGGAGACAAAAAUGAAUGAAGAACUCACUUUGUUUAACACCAGUGCUGUGUAGAAUUCUCUACAGGUUUUUUUUUUCCUGUACCUUCCUGGAAGAGUUCAACAGGUAAAAACUGAUCCAGGCCUCCUGGCCAACUGAAGAUAAUAAUAGACUAUAUGCUUCCUUCUGACAGGUGGGAAAAGCUGAUAUUUUAGACUGCUAAUUGCACAGGAGCACGUUGCAAUGUGGGGAUGCAGGAAGGAAAAACUGCAUGUUGCAGGAAGUAGAACAAAGCAAGGUAAAACUCACUAAACCCAACAUUUGGAAGUCAUGCUUCAAAAAGAAAAUAGAUUUGCUACCCAAGAGUUUGACCAGCCAGUCCUGGUACAUCUCCACUGACUGAUUUACACCUAAAGACCAGAUCCUAAAUUCAGAAUGUGCAAACAAAUCUGCAGUCCAGAAAUUCCUCAAACACCAAUGACAAAAAAUGUUAAGCUAUCAGCAUUUAAACACUACACAAAACAGGGAAUGGAGUGACCAUUCUGAAAGCAGAGAACAAGGAAACACAAGACACUUUGUUGUCACUCUGAUGGUGUGAAGCCCCGAGGCAAAGGGAUGAAUAAUAUGGUUUAACUUAAUGCUACCUCUUAAAAAGUUCACUCUUGAUCCAUUUACCACCACAAGGCUACAAGAAUCUCUUUGGGCAGAUGCAUCAGCUUUGGUCCUACAUGAUUCCUUUUCACUCAGAUCUGAUGGAAGCCAUCAGAAGUGUUUCUACAUCAUUUGCCUGCACAGAGGGGAGCCCUCAGGGUCGGGACACGAGCAAGCUGACAAAACACCUCCGUGAGCCAUUCCAUGGCCUUUCCAGAUCCCCUGGAAAAGCCCCCUUCAUGGAGAUUGAGAGUGUUUGCAGACCAGCAGUUCCCUGCCUUGCUUUCCCUUGUUCUGCCUGCCUCUCCCCAGCUUUUAUUGAUGAAUGUAGAUGAUAAUACUGAUACUUAUUUCAAGCCAUGUGAGACAGCACACCAGGUCCUUGCCACCAAAGGUACUUUUACCUUCCUGCCAGGCAGGUGAUACUCUGGCUAAUGUCAGAGCAACGAGGAGCAGACUGAUACUAAGUGGUAAAGAACAAAACCUAUGGCAUUAACACCCCAAAUCCUUAACUAAGCAGGAUGGAUUCUUACCGUGCCUCCUCUGCAUCCCAAGAAGAGAAAUCCAGGUCCUGUACAGUCUCCUACAUGGUCCUCCUACACACUGAAUUGCUGCAGGAGUGCUGGGGCAGAGCUGCUAACUCAGGGAACACCUAGGGGCAAGCACAGGUUGAAGUAUCUACUGUAACCUAGCAGCCAGCCCCAGGUGUCAGCCCCUUGUGCCUACAAUCAUGGCUACUGGAGACGGAGCAGCUGGAGCAAAGCAUGUCUUGCUUUUGUAUGGACAACAGAGACUGAAGCCUUGCAGAGGCAGAAACUACACCUGAGCAAGACACAAAUCAAGAACAGUAUGCUGUUUAUGCAAGCAGUCCACCCAAGUGCUCCAGACCCCUGUGCUGACACCCCUAUGGUGUCUUGCUGAUCUGCUCCACUGAUGGCUCAGCCAUCCACCCAGUGCCUGAAAUCACCACCUGAAUCUUCUGUCCUCCUGCCACGUGCCUUGCCUCUCCUGGGAGAUUCUGUGGCCAUUGACUUGGAGGAAGGGACAAAGAGAGGGAAGAGGAAAGGGAUGCAAUUUGAACCAAAGAGCAGACAUUUGAUUUCUUUACAAUGCUGGUCACGUGAAGAUGAGAUCCAGGAGUGCUGCAGCACUUUAUCCACUACCCCAGACUUACUGAUGUUUAUCCCCCACGGCCAACAGGGAGCUGAGUUACCCUUGCAGCGUUGGCCAACGAUUACACAUGAAGCAUCCUGUUGCAGAGGUUUUUACCAUGCCAAACACAACUAGACGUGCUACAGCCCAGCAUCAGCAGAGCAGCUCUAGGCGUGAUUUUAUACAAGAUAUAGGCAAGAUGCUGGGUGCUUCCUCCUCUUCCUCAUUUUUAUUGUUGUCCACUACUUUGGUAACAAAAAACACUGUUUCUGCUCUUCAUGGUUAAGUAUUGGCGCUGAUGUAAGAACUGGUGAAGCAUUAAUCGUGUUCAUAUUUUGAGAGAAAUCAGUAUUUUAAAGUUAUCUCACUACCAGUUUUAUAUACCGUAUGAAUAAUGCAUAGUCAGGGUAUGCAGUGGCAACUUCAUCCUGCUUGGGUACCUCGCUGUAAGCAUCACCCAGCAAAGCUGUUCUAAUAUAGAUACAUUUUUAUGACCUUUUAAAGACCAAAAGAAAAAAAAAAAAACCAAACAACCCUGCUUGCUUCUGAAACAAAACUUCUAUUUAAAAAUAAAUGAGAUCGUGAAAGAGAGCAGCAAAGUGAGGCUGAGCCUUACUGUAUUCUGUUCUUUUCUCUAGCUUGUUUCAUAAAGCAGAAGAGCUGAUCAUAUUGGACAAAGAUUAAGUUAGGUCACAUCUGUAAUUCUGCAAACAAAGUGAAUACUUCUCUCAAUUGUUUGGGGCAAACAUAGGCAGCUUUUUAGCUAAGCCCAAAACUAAGAACAAACCCACAGAGGAAUGCUUCAGCUCAACCCAGCUGCUAAAUGCAACUCCAGCUGAAACACGCUGGGGUUUGCAAAACACUCCAUUGUAAUACUGAAACUGAAAGCCACUGGCAGCAGAAAUAUUUUAGAAACCAAAUAUUUCUCAUUUCAACACUGUACUCGUGGAGGAAAAAAGAAUUAGUCUGUUCCACACAAUUUCACAACACCUCUGCAUAUCCUCAUUUUAACAUUUGUGCUGAAUUAUCUCGCUCAGCCCUGGCCUAAACAGAGAGCAUUUUUUUGGUCUCGCCUCUGAAUUCAGAAGUCUCCCAGAACAGCCAAACUCCUGCUGGGCUCCCAGAGCAGCUCUGGCUGGAGGAGAGCAUUGGUUUUGUAUGUUCCCCCCCCUAAGAUGCUGUGCUUGUUGUGGCGUGUGUUCUCUGCACACAGAGAAAUGACCUUCAAUGCACACUGAGCGAGAGCCCCCUGCAAGCUCCCCAAACCUCCCUCCUGCACACUGGAGUCGCUUUGGGUGCGUCAGUGCUGAGAGGUUGCAGGACACGAGGAUCUAUCUGGAUUUGCAGGAUGGGAGGUUCCGGGUCUGUCCUUGCACUGAGCCCCAUGCAGAGCAGGAACACAGCCGUGUUUUUUGAAGGGAAGCAGAGGAGGGCGGAAGGUGUCCCCGCAGCACUAAUUUUACAGGGAAGGAUGUGCUGCAGCAAAGUGCUCGACGACUCUGAAAAUUACCUCGAAGCUGCUCAGCUGAGGGGCAAAAUCAGUUCUGAAAGCUCAGGCUGGACUGUACCUACAUCUCUUUGCACUCAGUAAAGCUGGAAGGCAGGAUAAGAUAGACGGGCAGUGACCUCGGCUGUCCCAGCGCAGGGAGAGGGCAAAGCAUCGAGCAGCCCCAUCGCUGUCCUUCCCCUGCUCUGCGCGGAGCUCAGCGUUAGCAUCUCCCCCCGAGCACAGGGCUCGGCAGGUCCCUGGCGAGGGCACUCGAGAGCUGACGACCUUCAGAGUCGUAGCACAGCUUCCAAACGAGAGCCGGGAACGGCUCCCCAACCCGGGACCGCUCAGGCGGAUCCCAGAAGCAGUUUCGGGUCACGGCGUUCCCGCAGAGGAGCAGACCCAGCCCGCGCUUGAUGUGCGCGGAGCCACGCCGUAGCAAAGGAGCUGAACCGCUCGGAGCAGCCGAAGGGAGGAGCGGUCACCUCCCGGCUCAGAGCUCGGCUGCAGAGGGAAGCCUGGGAUCACACGGGUUCCUCCUCAAAGAAAGAAACGCCGGUCCUCCUUUCGCGUUGGAAGCUCCAUAGGCUGGCUGGCGGAUCCCAAACGGGAGAAGCGCGAGGCACAGCGCUGCGUGCCAGCAGCCCGGACCGCAGCCCAGCCGAGGGGCGGGACGGGGCCGUGCCGCGGG